AUGUUUACUGCAAAAAAACUACAUUGGGUGCUAAAAGAACAUGGACAGUCUUGGGAUGGCGCUUAUUUUCGUGACACUAUCCUUCGACAACAGGUGAUCCCAUUUCUUCGUGAUUCGUCCAAUGUUCUCGAUACGAACGAAGUGAUAUUUCUUCACGACAAGGCACCUUGUAUGAAAGCGAAUGCAACACAACAUCUUUUAGAAGAUGAGAAUGUGAAUUUCUGGGGAAAUUCAAUUUGGCCAGGCAAUAGUCCUGACAUGAAUCCUGCAGAAAAUAUUGGUGCAAUUAUUAAAGAUAAAGUUGAGGAACUAAUGGCAAAUGAAGAUCGUCGUAGCAGAUACAAUUACGAUGCACUGAAAACGAAUUUGGAGAAUACGCUCAAAGAUCUUGAAAAUGAUACAGAUCUUUUUAUUGACUUGUUAUGCUCGAUGCGAAAAAGAUUUGAUGCUCUCAAGGCUGCUGAUGGGGGUCAUACGAAGUUCUGA